UUGCAGACAGUGGAAGACCUGGAUAUUUUAAGGCCGGUACAGUGGAGAUGUUGGAAGACGUGGAUAUUGAGCCUGCUGAUGAAAGACUGGAUAGUUGUAGGAAGACCUGAAGAUGCUGGAAGAUGUGGAGACGGUGGAAGACGAGCAGACGCUGGAAGCCCUGGAGAUGCUGGAAGCCCUGGAGGUGUAGGAAGACGUGGAUUAGAUGGAAGGCGUGUCUUCGCCGGAAGACGUGGAUUUUCUGGAAGACAUAGCUUUUUGGGAAAAUGUAGGAAGGCCAGAAAACAUGAAAGUGAUGGAAGACGUGGAUUUGUUGGAAGACGAGGAUUUCCUGGAAGACGUGGAUGUUCUGGAAGCUAUGGAUUUGAAGGAAGACAUGGAUUUUCUGGAAGGCGUGGCUUUUUGGAAGAUGAGGAUUUUCUGGAAGACCCGAAUUCUCCGGAAGACCUGGAUUAUUUUGGAAGACAUUGAUUUGCUGGAAGACUGGAAGGUUCAUGGAAGACAUGAAUUUUCUGGAAGUCAUGGAUUUCCUGGAAGACUUGAGUCUUCAGGAAGACAUACAUUGGUUGGAAGACUUGGAGAUUCCUGGAAGACAUGAAUUUUCUGGAAGACGUGGCUUUAUUGGAAGAGCUGGAUUUAGUGGAAGACACAGAUUUUGUCUGGAAGACACAGGUUGACCGGAAGACUUGAGUUGGUGGAAGACAUCCGUUAGUUGGAAGACCUGGAUUUUUCUGGAAGCAUGGAUUAAUUGGAAGACCUAGACUUGGUGGAAGACAUAGAUUUUUCUGGAAGACAUGGACUGGCUGGAAGACCUGGAUUUCUUUCUGGAAGACAAUGAUUAAGAGGAAGACAUGGAUUUUUCUGGAAGACUUGAAUUGAUUGGAAGACUUGGAUUUGGUGGAAGACAACAUUUUCUUGGAAGACAUAGAGUCACAGGAAGACCCUGAAAUUGUUGGAAGACAUGAUUUUUUCUGGAAGACAUGCAUUCUCUUGGAAGAACUGGAUUUGAUUAUGGAAGACGAGAUUUACUGGAAGACAUAGAAGAUUCGGGAAGACAUUAAUUUUCUGGAAGACAUGGAUUUCCUGGCAGACAUGAAUUUUCUGGAAGCCCGAGAUUGUCUGGAAGACCUUGAAAUCGCUGGAAGACUUCGAUUUGCUGGAAGAUCUUGACACUGGC